UUGGAUACAGCGAAUAUUAUAGAUCUAUAUUACCACUACUUUACCAAAUGCUUCCUUUGUGGUCACAGGUCAAUCUCACGACUACGAACUGUAAGUACGACAUCGGAACACGAUACCAUGGACGACUCUGCAGCAGAAUGUUCGGCGUCGUCGACUUGCAAAGUGUUACUGAAUUUGCGAUCUUAUGCCAAAAAAGACCGUGCAAAAUCGGAAACAAACGACUACUAUCAAGUUGCUAGUUCACCGGAAUCGCCGAAUACCGAUCUAGUACCGUCGCUGGCGUGCGAAGAAGUGUUCGACGAUGAGUCAUCCUGUGUCUCAGUUUCUGAAAUGAAUGGUACCAGUAAUAGCGCUGUACGGUGA